AUGGCCGGUACAAAACGAUCUUCAGAAGGCUCCGGUCCCAAUACUAGAGCGUCCAAGGCCGCAAAAACAGACAGAAAGGCCACAGCGGGAGGUACAAAGAAAGGUGGCAAGAAGGGAGCUAAGGCUGCAUUACCCGCCUCUACUUUCAAAAGCAAAGCCCUCCCACUCCAUGUCAACGUCACACACACACCUCCCACUAUUCCCGAUGAUGAAACUGUCCCUGCAGCUACUGCAGAUCCUGGAUUCUUGGGCAGUAUGACUUUGGUUCCAAGUACGUUUAAUACGGGUAGUUACGGGUGGAAAGGUAGCAAGAGGGUCACGAUCGAGUUGCAAAAUGGAGAGGGCGAGGAGAACGAGAAGGUGCAAGUUAUGUUGACGUUCAAUGCCACUGUUGUCGGAAGCAAAGGUGCUGCUGGUGAACACGAGGAAACAAAGGACGAGGGGGAUGCUGAAGAAAAGGGAGACGAGACGGCGAAAGGCGCCGCUGAGGAGAAUACAUCUGACUGA